CUGUGUAACAUAACAUUAUGAAAUUUUUGAAUGUUAUAAAAAUUUGUAGUGACAAAGACUAUAUUUUAUGUAUAGUCUAUUGCUAAUCAUGCCCUUAGCAAACUAGGCUAUGCUAGGCACAUUAUUUACCCCAACCUAUUUCCUAACUGGAGCUAGCUAAGUAUUUCCAACAUUAUUUCCCUUAUAUGUUAGUCUACCCAUCAGACACUGAAUAUGAUGUGUAAAACCAACAUUUAUAAAGGACAUCAUGCAAUAUGGAUCUCCCCUGAUUGGAAACAGGGAGACUGUAUAAAAUUUACUUUAAUCGCACAGCGCUGGGGAUUCAGUGAUGUUCAGAGAAAGACAAGAAGAAAACUAAGCACCAAGAGGUUUCUGUCGAGGUGCAAGUGCCAGAGCAAAAUGGUGGCUUUUAAGGGGAUCUGGACCAAGAAGUUCUGGAGGGCCGUUUCUGGAGAAUACGUGGCUACCUUCAUUUUCGUCCUUCUCGGAAUCGGCUCAACGAUUAACUGGGGUGCCAAGGAGGAGAAGCCUCCACCGGCUGACCUUGUCUUAAUCUCUCUGGGUUUCGGCCUGACCAUUGCCACCAUGGUACAGUGUUUUGGCCACAUCAGCGGGGGACACAUUAACCCGGCGGUCACCGCAGCUAUGGUUGUAACAAGGAAAAUAAGCUUGGCCAAGUCCUUGUUUUAUGUGCUGGCUCAGUGCCUGGGAGCUGUCACAGGAGCUGGCAUCCUGUACCUUGUCACCCCUGCAGAUUUUAGAGGAAAUCUCGGCGUGACUACAGUGAGCUCUACCAUCUCAAUAGGACACGCCUUUCUGGUGGAGCUGAUUAUAACCUUUGAGCUCGUCUUCACCAUCUUUGCCACCUGUGAUCCCAAUCGCACAGACCUCGGAGGCUCAGCCGGCCUUGCCAUUGGUUUUGCUGUAGCCAUUGGUCACUUGUUUGCGAUCCCUUAUACAGGCGCCAGCAUGAACCCUGCUCGGUCAUUCGGUCCUGCCCUGGUGACACUUAACUUUGAGAACCACUGGGUGUACUGGGUGGGACCCAUUCUGGGGUCCGUUCUCGCUGCUGGCCUCUAUGAGUACUUGUACUGCCCGGACCCGGGGAUAAAGAAGAGGCUGAAGCAGGUCUUCCAGAAGGACAUGUCAGGGAGAUACAAGGAAGUGGAUGUGGGAGAGGCAGAGGAUCUUACAUUCAAGCCGGGUUCCGUCCAUGCCAUCGAUCAGGAGAAAGCAGAAAGGAAAGAUCCCUUUCAGAAGUUCACAGGAGAAGUGUUGUCCUCCGCAUGACUGUCACGUGCACUGGAAAUAGAGACCAAUCUGUAGAGCAGAGUAACUUUGGAGUUUGGAGCCUGUGCCCCUCUGUAGAUUUCACCUCAGACCUGAAUUACCCUCAUUAACCAAAGUGGUUCCUCCCACGAACAUCUACCAUCUCUCAAAAACCCUGAAUUAUGUUGUUGUGUGCAGACAUCGUGCACAGCAGAAUGAUGGCUGUCGGUGGUUUAUGUUAAGGAAAUAAAGGAAAGGUCAACCAAUUAUGACAGGUCAUCCUGCUAAACUGAAGAAGAAUUUGCACCCUUGUUAUUUUUGGAUUAGUGUCACAUUUGGUCCAUGUGCUGCAUAUGUAGUAAAGAAAUUGUCCAUGUGAUUAUGAAGCAUGUUACAGCUUGUCUGCAGUGUGAGUCACCUCUGUUAGAGUUGUCUUACGCUGGCCUCUAUUUUCAGUGCACUAGAUGGGUGAACUUUCAUUUUUAUGGCAACAUCUGAGCUUCUGUAGUCGAUGUCCAGAUGAUUCUUGAAGCUACAUAGCAGGGAUCACAAACUUGUAGUCCGAGGGCAGGAUGAGACCCGUGUGCUGUUGCGUGUCUUAUCAGGUAUCGUUGAAUAUCACGUUUUUCAUUCUAUGUGUCAUUUUUUUUUUCUCAAGAUUACGGUGAAUAGCGGGUUUUGUUGAUAGACCUGCCCAGUACGACCCAAGUUCACACCUGCAGCACCACUCAGUCUGGAAUUGUAUCUAAUGUACGGUGCAUUUAUUCAAUGUAAAAUUCCCAGAUUGACUCUAGUUGUGUUGUGGAUAAAAUUAUGUUUCCUAGGCAAGAAAAUGUAGUUUGAAAAUGAUGCUUUUUUUUCCCCCUAAUACAAUAUUGAUCUUUUUAUCAAGCUAGAAUUCUUGUAACACACAUUAAAAAAAAAAAAAAAAAAAUCAUAAGAUUUGUUACAUUUUCACAAUACGGUUGUUAAAUUAUUAAAUGACUUCAUGUGUUAAAUAUUAUCGCAGCUUAUAUGAUUGCUGAGAUCAUAAAGACUGUGCUGCAAUGUGUAAAACUUUUCUCUUGUAAUAAUAACAUAUUUUAAAUUUUCAAAUAAAUCAUGCUUUAUUGUUGUCGUCAGUAUCAUUAUAUUGUCAUUGUGUUAUUAUUGUUGCUAUUAUUAUAUUACUA